GGACGGGUAGGGGCGGGCCGGCUCAGUUCGUUAUCGAGAUCGGGUGCGGGUUCGACGUGUACAGUAGACGCUAUGAGUUACGACAGCUGCGACAACAGGAUACCCAUCAAGCGCGAGUACGAUUUAGAUGAGGAGCACCGCUUCUUCUACGCGCCAGUCGAGAUAAAAGGGGAGGCCGAGAUGCAGGAGUUUGCUUCCUCGUCGCCCACGCACCUGAUUGACCUCAGCAACCCCGAGAGACCGCAGAUGCAGUGGACGAACGUCACCUACCUCGACGAAAGGGAGAUGCAGCAGCACAGGUAUCCACCCUACGACCCGCUGAGCGUAGACCGUCAGAGGCAGUUCUCCAAAAGCUUCUAUUUCGACGACUCCAACUCGCAAGACAACUACUACGAGUCACCUGAGGUGCCUUCGGAGACCGACUACAGGGGCUCCGUCGACGAAAACAACGAGACCGAGGAGCAGAGGAGAUCGAGGAAGCGAGCUAGCAAGUCCCGGAAGAAGACGCAGUCAUACGAGGAAAUGCAAAUACAGCGGGUAAUGGCCAACGUAAGGGAGCGGCAGAGGACGCAAAGUCUGAACGAGGCGUUUGCGAGUCUGCGACAGAUCAUACCAUCUUUGCCGAGCGAUAAACUCUCCAAGAUUCAAACUUUGCAGCUCGCCACGCAGUACAUCGAGUUUUUAUACCAGAUUUUGUCAAACGGCGACUCCGCGGCCAGUGAUAUCAGUGAUUCGGGGAGUGAGCACGGGAAAUAUUUAGCCCAGGAUAAACUGAGCUAUGCCUUUUCCGUCUGGCGAAUGGAAGGCGAGUGGACGAACGGACAGUCGUGAUAGACGUAUGUACAGAAUAUUCCAUAGUGUCUAAAUCUGAAUAGUUGAAGAUGUUUAUUGAUUUGUUAUUUUAUGAAAAUGUGAUACUUUAAUGAAAACUAUCGCUAAUUGUUACUUAGAUAAGGUGGAACAUACAGCAGCAGACCAAAAAUAAUUUUAGGUUGUAUUUAAUUCUUAUAUUAUUAAGAGACAAUAAUUAUAAAAUAUUGUGUAAGACAUUUUUAU